AGGAUGAACAAUUCGAGAAAAUUUAUUGUGAAAUUUCUUCUGCUAGAUCGAAUGAAGAGAGCCAUGUCAGACGUAGCAAGAUUUAAAUUCAUUGGCAAGUACCAAUUUCUAUUAAAUUUAGUUUAAUAAGCUAUUUUUAAAAACUUUAUACAAAUUUUCAGACAUAGGAAUAAACUUGACAGGUAUGGAUAAAACCUCAUAAUAAAAUUUAGCUAUUUUUGGCUAUAAAGUUAUUAUUUUAUAAAUUGAAAUUAAUGAAAUGUUUGAAAAUCUAUUCUAUAUUAUUUUAAGUUAUCAUUUUUUUAAUCUUAAGUUUUAGAACUAAAUUAUAAAUUUUAUAAAAAUUGCACAACCAGUUGAAAACAUAAUUGCACAACUAUUAUUCAAUAGAUGGAAUGUACCAAGGUUUUUAUCAUGGAAAGAAACAUCACGAUGGUGAUUUGCAAGAUGUUCUUGAUAGAGCAUGGAGCAAUGGGAUGCAAAAAAUGUACAUUACCGGAGGAUCAUUGAAGGAUAGUAAAAGGGCUUUAGAAUUAGCUAAAUCUCAUGAAAAUUUAUAUUGUACUGUUGGAUGUCACCCAACUAGGUGCAAAGAAUUUACAAAAGAUCCUGAUAACUAUUUUAAAUCCCUAUUAGAUUUAAUUAAAGAGAAUAGGGAAAAAGUUGUAGCUGUUGGAGAGUGUGGUUUAGAUUAUGAUAGAUUAUUUUUUUGCCCCAAGGAUAUUCAAUUACAAUAUUUUGAACGGCAAUUUGAUUUAGCGGAACAAAGUGGGUUACCAAUGUUUUUACAUUGUAGAGCAGCUGCCGAUGACUUUCUAACUAUUUUGAGAAGGAAUAAACAUAAAAUGAAGUCUGGUGGAGUUGUACAUUCGUUUACAGGUACAAAGGAGGAAGCUGCAAGUUACAUAGCUGAAGAUCUUUAUAUUAGCAUUAACGGAUGCUCGCUAAAAUUACAAGAGAAUAUAGAUGCAAUGCUAACGAUUCCGACCAAUAGACUAUUGAUUGAAACAGAUGGACCAUGGUGCGAAAUAAAAGCAACUCAUGCUAGCAGCCAAUACGUAAAAACCAAAUUCAAGUCAGUAAAGAAAGAAAAAUGGCAGAAAGGUCUACAUAUAAAGGGUCGAAAUGAACCUUGCAAUAUUAUCCAAGUGUUAGAAGUCCUCGCAGAAACUAGGAAGGAAGAUAUUAUUUCGUUGGCUGAUAUUAUAUAUAAUAACACAUUAAAACUUUUUGGUGGACAAUAA